CAUCUACCUCGCGUCCGUUACCAGUGAAUCGAGACUAGUGGAGAAUGUCUCCUCCCCUACGGAGUAGAGUGAACAUAUUCGACGACGUCACGCGAGAAUAAAUCGCCGGGACACGUGCCAGAAAAGCAAGUUAUCGGGUCGUCGCGUUGAGAAAAAGUGAGUGUCCGUUCGUCCCGCGGGUUACCCCGCAGGUAGCCGUCGAUGAUUGUCUCAUUCCGAGUCCGGUUCGAUCGCGCGAGGGUUAGAGAUGGUCGAUUGAUUUUUCGGGUAUCCGCGCCGGACGCCGUGGCGCGCGCUACCGAGCGCGGAGCGACGUUUCUUCGGGCGUUCUCGCGUAAAAGCCGUAAAAGCCGAGCACGUAUUCGCCACUGACGUACGCGCGUACGUACGUACGUGCGUGCGUGCGUGGGUGCGUGCGUGAGAGACGACACCGUAUUCGAAUUCCGCACUUCAUACAAGUAAUCGGUGCUCUGUGACAGCGGCGUUAAGAGAGAGGUCGAUGCUAGCGGGAGAGAGAGGGAGCAAUCUGGUGCGCGACUGUGUGCACGCAGAAAGGCGGCUUGGCGAGCGAGAGAGUGAGAGGACGCGAGAAAGCGGUAGAUCGAGUGAGCGAGCGAGCGAGAGAGAGAGAGAGAGAAAGACCGGGAGAAUGGGAGCGAAAAAGAGGCGCCGCCUUCGACCUUCGCUUUUACGAGACGAAAAAGCGAAGGGGGUCGGGCGCGAGCGAGCGAACGUGCGCGCGCGCGCUUAUACCGGUUACGCGGGCUUUCUCCCUUCGGGCGGUUCUCUCUCGGGUCGUCCCGGAUCGCGGCGACCGGCGAUCCUCGUCGCGGUGUUACCCGGGUAACCACGCUCCUUGAGCGUGGCGUCGUCGCCGCGGCUCGCACGGUACCGCCGUUCGCGUUUGAAGACCCGCGCUUGGGGUUUUGGCGUUAUGCGGCACCGUGGUGUCAGCCGAGCCACGAUACGUCGCGUUAAAGAAAAAAAAAACCCUAAAAAAAGAAAAGAGUGCCACCAUACCCCAACAGGGUCAGAUGAUGACAUCUAUAGAAGAAGUAAAGAAUAGAACGCGUCGCGAGUGUACCGCGGGUCGACCAGGGCGAUGUGUCCGCGACACGUCCUCCUCCCGCCGCGACGGGCAAACGCGUCGCGGAGGCAGUGCCCGGCCGCUGUCGCGAGGGCAAUGCCUGCGAAUGUUGCGAGAGUGAUGUCCGGGCACGCGAUGCACGAGCGGGCCGGACGAUCCGACGUCGCCCGGAUCGAUCACCCGGUCGACCGAAUGUCGAUGCUAAAUUGGGCGCGCGACGUGCCGCCGCCACCGCGUCCGUCGGCCGUGUCCGCCGCUGUCGCGAGUGCCGCCGAAUGCGGCGUAUCGUAGUGUAUGUCGGCGCGUUACUUCUCGGGUGAUGCCCGACGGAGCCGCGUGUUCUCAAUCGCGAUAUGGCGAUUGAGGACCGUUGUCGCGACGUUCGUUCAUGUUCGCGGCCUCGGUUGAGGACGCCCGUCCGCGCGAUUCGCCGGGUUUGAAUCGCGUGCGGAAUCGCCGCGAUCCCAAUGCGAGCACGCAUGGAUCUGUACACUGCAAUCUCUGGACGUGCCGUGAGUGGCCGACGGUAAGGCGUCGUACGAUGCCCGCCUUGCGACGGAGACGCAUCACGUACACAUUGUGGACACUGUCGCAAAAAGUCGGGACUCACGUGAGAAACAAACGCCCCCGAAAACACACGCACUUUAGAGAAUGCUAACUUUAUAUCGUCGUCUCUCGACGCGACUCCGGUGUACCAGAUUUGUGACAUGUAGAAUUUUUCGCCUAGGCAAAUCAAUCCUAAGGACGAGUGCUUCUGCUACUACCGACGGUCUUUCGGCGCGUUUGCAGCAGUCAGCGCGUUAUCCUUGUCGCAGCAUUGUCUACAGAAUAACGUUAUUAAUACGUUAUUGAUAAACUACAGAUAUCUUUGGUCUUCCGUCUUUCUAUUAUAAGAAAUGUCAUCUCGAGAUUACGACAGAAGGAGGGGCAGCAGCAGCUCGAGUCGACUGCGAAUGGACACAAGCGUGUCUCAGCCGAGGUCACACGGCGAGAGUUCCAGCAAGCGAAAAGAGAUAGACAAUGUGAUGCGGAAGGCACGCGAGUCACAGUCGAGCUACUGGAACAAGAAGCUACUCGAGGCGGAGGAGCGCGAUCCGAAUCGGUGGCGUCACAGCGGUUACAAGGAGUUAUACGUGGGCGGAGCCAGCAGUGGUGAACCCAGCAGAGGUCACCCGCGGAGCCCGCGGAGUCCCAGGCCGCGCAGUCCUCACAGUCCCCGUCCACGCAGUCCACGGGCGAGAAGUCCACGUUCGCCGCGCGAACGUUCCUCCCGCGAGCACACUAGAGGCAGGCCAGCCGCACGUAGUCCCAGCACAGGCAGCACGUGCUCCGACCGAUCAUGUUCCGUCUGUUCGCCAAAGGAACGACGACGCGUCGCGCCACCGUCCCGCUCGCGUUCGCGAUCGAUGACCCCGGUUCGUCCGCGGGUACACACCAAGGAAGUGGUUGCAUCCAGUUCGCGGGCUCUGCAGCCACGCGCCAGGCCGCGUUCACCGCCCCUACCGCGUCCGCGUACACCACCGCCCGCACCGCAACCGUCACCGCGUCACCAGAAGGAUUACAAGACCCUCAAGGAAAAGGAGACCAAGAUACGUCGUAAGGAGAAGCACCACAGCAGCAGAAUGCCGGAAGACCCACGUGUACCAGAAACUAUAUCAUUGUUACGGAAGCCAGUAAAAGUAGAAAAGACACACUCGAGCCAUGGAGCACCACAGAUGAUGCGGCCACCACCCGAAUCGUCACCUAGCGAUGAUAGCGACAGCUCGUCGACCACGUCGCACGUUGGGCCGCCGAGAAUGACACUGUCAGAGCGAUUCGGCAAAAUGGCACAAUGGAGCGUGGAUCGUAGGGAUAUGGAAAAUAUGCGCAUUACAAAGGACGGUGAGAACGCGAUGAAGGUCGUCAUAGAGGGAGAAGAGAGGAUCGCACGGCUGGGCUACGAUUCUCCGCCGCCUGGUCAUUACCCGGAGUCGCUCCUGGCGCAAGGGCCGAGGGGCCUCGAGUGCUGGGACGACGUUCGCGUUCGGUACGACUAUUACAAGGCAAGAGGCUAUCUUCGCGAUCUUUCUCUCGACGAUUACAUCAAGUGGGAGGAAUGGUGGUACAAGUAUCAGGAGUGGCUUGAAGCCGAACGUUUCUACGAGCAGUGGGCCUCGUCGAACCGGCCGUCCGGCAGCAGUCGUAAGAGACGAGGACGGCGCAACAAUUCCGCUCACUAAGUUAUAUAUGACACGAAUCUACUAUUACGGAUUACGUUCGAUUAAAUGACCUACAGGAUGUACGAUAACGUAUGUGUGUUUAGAUAUAUAAAGAGAAAAGUAUAUAUAAAUGCUCUAUAUACAUCGUAUAAUAAAAAGUAUGACUGUGGCAAUUAAACUUUGUUUCCGAAAACGUAUUAAAAUGAUUUGAGAGAUUCUA